AUCGAACUCGCCUACAAAAAGAAAUGCAUCCAACUCAAAAAACGGCUUAACGAAAUCGAAUCCGAAAACGACAUCAUGCGCGCCCGCAACAAACGCGCAAAGGGGUACGUCCAGAAAAUGCGGCUCGAAACGUGCAUUAUGCUGGAACGAUUAGCGACGUUGACGGGUAUGUUUGAAGAGCAGCAACCCAACACCACAGCCGGUAAUGGUGGAGUGGUGGGGAGUGCGGAAUUGAGAGCAAAAGCAGCGGCGAUUAUGGGUGAGAAGAGGAAGGCCGGAACAGUGAUGGGAGAGGCGUUGGAUGAUGAGACUGAGGGGAGUAGUGAGGAGCGGCCGCCGACGCCUCAAGAACGCCCGCUGCGCGUAAAACGCAGCCGGAGGUCGAAUAUGCCGAUUGACGAACUAGAAGCCGAAAUGGCGACGCAGCUUGAAGCUGAUAAAUCAAGCCCCAACCACAACAGCAACAACAACAACACGAGCAGCAAUAAUCAUGCAGACGAGAACAAUGCGAGUCUGCCGGCUCUCGCGCCAGCCCCGUCGCAGGAGCAGCUUACCUCGAGCUUCAGGGUUGUUAAUAACAACGGGGAUAGCAAUACUUACACCAACAGUGGGCAUGGGUCGCCGGUGCCGAUGGAUGUGGAGCCGAAGGAGGAGAGUUGAAUAUUUAUUUUAUUUAUUUUUAUAAUUUAUGGUUUGGUUUGAUGAGCGGGUUUGUAUAAUUAUGUAUUGGUCUCUAAGGAUUGUGUUGAGUUUAAUUGAUAUUUUGCUGCUGAAGAUGAGAUCGUAAUGGUAUAUACGGAUAGUACAUUUAUGGGAAGUAAUG